AUCUCAUCUCAAUGCGUUGGGUAGCGUAGCAGAGUAGAAUAACUACGAUUUCUAAAUUAGAAAACAUAAUAUUUAAUUAUGGUGAUUAUGAUCUUUAUUAGUAUAUUCUCUGAAAGUAUGUAGUUUUCUGUCGCCUUGCGCCAUUUGUAAGUACCAACAGAUUUAUCCGCAGCAGCAGGCGCUGUUAAUGUCGGCCGAACGUCGCACCCAAACAAAAGCCAAACAAAGUGGAAACUGAUUAACAGCGGAGCUUCGCAAUGACACCGUUCGAUGACUUUGUUUAUUUAAUUAAUCAUGUGCUGCUAGGCGAAGAGCCGACCAUUGAGGACUUCAUAUUACUUGUCGGUACAUUGGUAGCAUUCAUAGCUUUCAUACUCUGGUGCUGCUUUCCCAUUCAGCCAAAGGAGCCGGGACCCCACCGCCAGUUCACAUGCAAAAUUAUACAGAAUCCAAUAAAAGCUUUUGAUGCGGGCACCAGCACCGACGACGACAAUGCUGCCAAUGCAGCAGCCUUCCCUUCACCUUAUAACUCUGGAGCCAGAAGCGGCCUCAGUGGAAAAGGCAAUACCGGCACGGAUUUAGGCCUGACCAGCAACAUGUACAACGGAAGCAACGGCAGCUAUAGCAAGAACGGCACUGUAGCCAUGCACAAUUACUACGUAAAGAACGGACACCACUGCUGCACCUAAUGGCCAGCCUAACAUCAGCACAUUCAAGAUUUCCCAUGCCCAAAGCUGGGAGAUGCUGCUUAGCUUAGCGUUAUACUACCUACUCAGUUCUUUGCGUGUACAAUGAUCAGUGCAACACCGUCGUCGUUAUAGCUAUGAAUAAUGCGUGUGAAUAUUGAUUGUAAUUUGUGCCAAUUGCUUCGACAGGUUGUUAGGAAGCAGCUUAAAGCUGCUGGCUGCUGGCUGCCGGUUCGCAUUUGCAAGCACAUUUUAUUUAUAAUUGCUCAGACUGAUUUGUUUAAAAAAAGAAGGGAAACAGGACAAGACAAGGAAAAGCAGACGGCAUGCAAGCCACCUUGCAUGCCCUGCCCGAGGUAAGGAAGAUUGGCAAAUGUUACAUAUGUGGCAAGUUUUUAAAACUUCCUUGAUAUCUAUAUAUGUCUAUCUAUAUAUGUAUAUAUAAAUAUAUACAUAUAUAUGUGUAUGUACAUGUGCUGCAUUUGUGAAAAUACCAAAUUAAUAUGCACACAUAUAUAUAUGUGUGUGUAUGAAAUCCAAGUAUCUAGUUCUAAGUAUUUAUUUCUGUAUUAUAAAACAAACAAACAUAUACUGUGACAACAUUCGCUUACCCCAUCCCCCAAUCACCCAGACAGUUUGCCACCCAUAUAUGUAGGUGGAAACAUAAAAGAUUCCUUAACUUGAUUACAAAUUCAGUUUUGUUCAGCUGAAGGAAGAACAUAGACGCCCCUUCAAGCGGGAAAAGCCUAUACAGAUAAAUAAAUAGAUAUCUUUAAGAUGGAUUAUAUAAACACACACAACAAAACCUACAAAAUAACUAGCAUAAAAUAUGCCCCUGAAAUCACUUUUAUUUCCACUGUAUUUCCAUAUACAAAUAUAGAUAUGUAAAUAUGUGUGGAUGUACAUGUAUUCGAAUCCGUAUUUGUAUUUAUGUGAAUGUAUUAUCUUUGUAGGCCGCAAAAUAUUUGAUCUCAUUUGUGAACUUAUUUAUUUGUGAUUUGUGAUGUAACUUUUAGAAAAUACCGACCCCCCAUUACUGCGAAGGGCUAUAAAUCCCUCUAAAAAGAAACGAAUACGAAAACGAAAAUCGA